GUACGAUCCCGUUUCUUCAAAAAUGGAGGAAACGACUGGAAAAGAGGAAGAACUCCAAAAAUUUCUCGGAAAAGUCGAUGAAAUUGGUAAGGAAAGUCUUUUUUGAAGGUUGUGAUUGCAUUUGCAGAAAUAGAAAACGUCAGGGCGCUUACUUAGGGGCCUGAAUUCGAAACCUCACAAGAACUGAAAUCAACAGCUUGGGUCGCCUAAGCUAUUAAGGUUAAUCUGUUACUUGUAUAGAAUUUGUACGUUGUAUCUUUAAAUUAUCAGCAGAUUAGUGAACAUUAAUAACCUAUAUUCUAAGUAGAUUUGAUGCUCUUUUCAAAAGACGAAUCAUAGCCUCAAGUUUCUAAGAAAACCUGCAUCAUAAUCACCUCCAUCUAAAAGUUUGUGUACACUAGUUCAUGUCUAGUAAUAUUUUAGCUACGUGUAGAGGUUGGAGUGGUUUCAAAAGCUGAUUAUAAGCUUGAUUGAAUAGUAAAGUAAAGUUGUAUCUGUGAUCAUAUUUUUUUUGCUAGGUUUAAGGUUAGCAUUUUGGGUUAGAUCUACAUGUACAGUUUUUCACCCAUCCAUAUUUUGGACGUAAACAUUUAUUGUCAAGGGCAUACUUGCAAGAAAAAAAUGUUAAAUGUAAAAUUUCCAUAGCUAAGCCAUACUAUGGAUCACUUUUCUUAAGAAAAUAUAUCAAAACAGAAUAGGACACUUUGAAAAGAAUACUCAAGCUAAUAUGUAACCCUCUUCCCUGAUUGCUUAUAGAGUCAAAUUUCCAAAUUAACCCAAAAAUACCUAUCAUUACAGACUCUAUCAUGAAAGACCUGAUGUGUGGUGACCUUGAAAGACAAAAUAAGGCUCUCACAGCUGCAGAUGAAUUUUUAAAGCGACACAAAGCGGAAAAUGGCGAAGAUUCUGAAGAAGAAUGCAGGAAAGUUAAAACCAAGUCAGACAGAACAGUUAUUUCUAAGAGCAAAGAAAAAAGGAGGCUGGAUCCUUCUACUGCUUUGAAUCAGAUGGUGAGAUUCUGUAUCCAUGAAUAAAGGAGUGCUUGGAAAAAUCUUCAGUUGAUUUGUGAUCAACUGUUAGCUUCUCAUUUCAAUUUUUACGUUAAUCUAAUUAACCCUAUUAAAGCCAUAUCUAUCACUUUCCGUCACACAAUACCUGCAAAAAUGAUGUUUUCUUUUCUUUUCAUAAUGAACAUUAGCGGGAUGCAGGUGAAGUUUGUGCUGGUAAGAUGUAAUUUUUUUUAGUUUUAUGUUUUCUGCUUCUGCAAGGAACUUUCAUAAGACUGUAGUAAGUGGUAUCAUAAUUUUGCUGGCAAUUUGUUUACUUUGUGAAAUGGCCAGAGUUGAAUGGUCAUGCUUUAGGACUUUGUCCACAGACUAAUUGAACUGAACCACAGGAAAUUAAUGCUGAAGAGGUUUCAUUUGAAAUGGUCUCACUUAAAAAUUUUAUCCAAGGACUUGAACGUUAGAAAUAGACAUGUUUCUGUAAUACCAAGGUGACAUAAGUUUUUUUGUUUUGAUGUCAAUGAAUCACCUAGGUUGGCUAUCAACUGUUGAAGUCUGAGUUGGAAUAAAAGAGCUUUUUUGUUUUGAUAUAUUAAAACAGAGCAGUUUAUGAAAGCAGUUGAAGAAGAUGCCAAAGAAAGGGCGAAGAUCAGAAAGAGAAAUGAAUCUGAAGCUGAAAAAUUAAAGGCAAAGGGAAAUGAAGCAUUCAAGGAGGGAAAAUUUACAGAAGCCAUCAGCAAUUACACCAUGGCAAUCAAUAAAUUCAGUUCAAAUCCUGUUCUUUAUACUAACAGGGCACAGGUAAUUUUAUCAUUCCAAAAAUUCCAACGAUCAGAACAAUGUAUUAUUGCUUGUUAAUGCAGUCAUUUACCAUACUUGUACACAUGUAAAAAGUUAAAAGAAAAAAGAAAAAACUUUACUGAAACUUUAUUUAGCUAGGGUAACACUCGUAGCUGGGAGGCCUCUUAGUGUUCCUGACUAAAGGAAGUCAUUUUUCCAGAUUGAACUGGAAUUUGGACAUGUUAGUUUUUGAGGAGAGGGUAGAAACCAAGUAUGUGCAGAAAAAGCUAAAAAAGUUCAUACAGAAAUAUGUUCUUUAGUAUCAGACUGCAGUUCCAUUUUCUUUGUGUGCCUAACUUUCAUGAGAGAAAUUGAACACUUUUUUAAUGGAUGUAUAUACAUGUACUGUUUACACGAGUAUUAACUUACAUACAAGUCUUGGCUACUGUUAAUCUUUUUUAUUACUUAUACUGUGGCAGGAUUAGCUCAGUCAGUAGAGUGCUUGACUGCAGAGCGGUAGGUCGUGAACUCGGGGCCGGAACAAUACUCAAAGUCUUAAAAUAACUGAGAAAUGAAGGUACUCCGGCUGUCCUGUCUCCACAAGGGGAAGCAAAAAUAGUGUCCCCAAUUAGUACUUUUGUGCUAAAUACAUUGACACUCAAAUAAAGUGCAUUUUUUUAACGCCUUAGGCAUACAUCAAACUUGAAGACUUUGACUCGGCUAUAGAAGAUUGCAAUCUUGCUUUAAAGGCAAGUGCUCUUACUUGUUAAGAAAUAUUCUUAUCUGUCACAUUGUUAACUUAGUAUUAGUCACUUUAAAGUCAAGUAAUUCUCUUAUUUAAACUUGAUGUGAAUCUGAUAUUACAGUUUUAUUUACACCUAUUAGAUUGAUGAAAAAUGCGUAAAGGCUUUUGUUCAUAAGGCAAGAGCAUUGCAAGCGCAAGGAAAAUUUGAUGAGGUAUGGUUGCCUUUAUAUACUUUUUUCACUUUCUUUAUACCAUGCCCAAAAUAGGAUUGCCAUUUCUUGCUAUGAAAGUUUUCAUAGUUUCCAUGAAUAUACAAUUUUGGCAUGGCUUAACUUAAUUUUCGAUCCCUAAAAGAGACCAUUUUAACAUUAGUGAAUUUGAAUGCAAAUAAAUGAUGAACCUGUAAGCACUGUCAUGAAUGAUCAGUAUACAUAACAAUAAACCACCUUCACAUUAUAGCAGUUUUUUGUACUAUUUCUUGUGCACUGCCCUAGGCAUGGACAAAAAAUAACAUUCCAAACUAAACACCUUUUGUGGUACCAAAAUCGACAAAUUUUUCUGCAAGAGUGACCCGCUCUCUGGAAACUACUGAAUCAGUGAAUGAGGUUCUGUGGUUGUUUCUCUGCAGGCAGUUACAGUGUUGAAGAGUGCUAUUCAAGUUGCACCAAAGCAAGAAAAGGUUCUUAAAGGUACCCUAGUAUUGUAGGUGUUCUUGUAUUCUAAAAAAUGGGGAAGAGGGAAUACUGGUAUUUUGACAAGGCUAGUGUCAGUGUUGGUCUUUGUUACGUAGGCAUUUCAUGGCUACACCUAAGCAUCCUUCUGAUGAAGUUUAGUUGUAUUUGAGUACAACCAGGUUGUUUUCUCCUUUGUACAGCUUUGUUUUUUAUAGACCGAAUUCAAGUGUAACAGAAAGGUGUGUUGAGAGAGGGGAGGGGUGCUUAUUUCCUGAUUCAACUAAAGAGGUGUCCACUUACUUUUGAAUGUGGAUGCUAUUUGUUAGUAAUAGUUAUGUUGUGGAAAUGCAGUAAGCUUUAAAGCUAAUUUGGACACCGUGAAAAAAAUUUUAAGGCACAUGUAUUUGUUUUGUGCAAAUGUGAACUUUUUAGCAGACAUUCUUGUCAUUUGUAGAAUUAGAGUGAUAAAUAAAAAGCCCAGUUUGUUACCUGAAUACCAUAACUACUGUCUCUCUGAGUGUUUCAUUUUCUUUAAAGCGUAUAUUGCAGAGGCGGAGUCAUUAAAACAGAGAGUUCAAGAUGAAAAGGAGGUAGGUAGACUUUUAUUGGAUGUUUUGGCUUACAUGUCCAAAAUAUAAAACAUUACAAGGCAUGUCAGGGUGUAUUAGCAUUUUGUGGUCAAUUGAAGUUCAAAAUGGCUAUAAUUAUAUUAUUCAAGCUGAGAUUCAUUGUACAGAAUUGCACUUGUCUACUUCUAAUUUUUGCUAAAAUGCCCAUAAGGUAAAAUGUCCACAAUCUGUUUUGUGAUUGGUGACAUUAAGGAUGUUAGUUUCUUCAUUUCUUUUUUCAUAAUUACACACAUUUUUUAGGUGGAAAGUAAGGCAAAAUUUACGUACACCAGGACCUUGUUCUGUGAUAAUUAAAUAAUAAUUAUUACACUAUCGGUUAAUACUUAUCUGCUGAAUAGAGAUAUAUCCAUUGAAUAGCGCUAUCCAACUUCUGAACAGCUUAGGCUAGCUCUAUAAAAAUUGCUUGUUAUAAUUGGUAAACUGAGUUAAAUGGCCCACAGUAUUUUUUCUAAGUCUCACUAUAGCUUAAUGGCAAGAGCAUUGCUUUGCCAUUAACUCACAUUUUGUUACUAAGCGUGGAAUAUCAUUUUUAUCAAUAAUUUUUAGGCUGUUGAUGUAGCAGGUCAAGGGAAUGGAGAUUUAAUACGAGACUCUAUCAACAGACUGCAGAAAGCCAGUCUUGUUACUUCCCAGUGCUCUGAGGCUACAAGGAGAUUGGUCAGAGUUCUUGAUAAUAGUAGGUGUAAUUUGUAUGGUAAUAUUUGGGACAUGACUAAUCUGUGUAAAAUAUGUUGAUAUUUGAAUAGGUCUCACACAUAAGAAUUUUAUCCUUUAAAUUAAUUUAACACUUGGAAAGAACCUCCUUGUAAAACAUGAUAAACAGUAACACAGGAAAAUACUUAACUGCAGUACCUUUCAUUUGAAUGGUUAGACUUGAUGAUUUCAUCCACAGAUUUGAAAGUUUCAAAUACCUUCUACAGUUAAAUAAAUUGUGCCAGUGGAAAGAACUGCUCAGUAGCUUUCAAGUCAGUGGUCACAUGUUAGCAUUUCAUCCACAGGUUAAGAUGUUAGCACCACCUUUAACAAUGUAAGGAACAAGCUGAAAGGUUUAUUGGUGGGGUUAAUAUUAUGUUACAACCCUCUUUUCAGCUUUUUCUGUUCUUAUUCAAACUUUAUUAUUCCAUUGUAGAUGCAAACAAAACCUUGUUUCGAUGUUAUGGGGGUUUUCAGAUUACCGAGUUCAAUAAGAUUUUUAGAAAGUAAGUAUUAAUCCUGCAAAUUACAUUAACUGUGUAGCAACUAUCUUUUUUUGUUAUCGUACAGGUAGACCUUUUUUGUAAUAGUGAAAUUGAACUUGGAUUAAAAUUGUUUGAGACAAAUUUAUAGUAUUAUUUGCUUCUUAAGAGCAUUUACCCCUUUUUGUUCAUUUUACAGACUUAGUAAAUUUACAUGAAAAUAUUGCUUUGUUUUUUGUUUGUUUUAUUGGGAAUAUGGUACAUUUAAUUUGAAAUAACUUUAAUUUCAGGAGCAUUUGGUAUGCCCUUUAUUGUUGGAUAUUUUACAGCUCAAAAUUAAAUUCAGGUUAAACUUUUUUCUAGGUUGAUUCUCCAUUUCCUGUAUCCCUUAGCCCUAAUUUUUCCCGAAUUAGGGCUAGGAGACAGAGGAAAUUGAGAAUUAACGCGGGUUGAAAAAUUUUAACCUGUAUGUAAUUUUUGACCUGUAACGGAUAUGUUAGGGAAACCUUGUUUUCUGGGGGCAAUUUUUUGAGAGUUUUGGUAUACCACUAUUUCCUCAUUACAAUCUGUGAUUUUCAUGUGAAAAACAAUAAUAUUGUAUUGUAUAAUAUUGUUAUCGUUAGAACUGCGUGUUAUCAGAAUCUGAAUACAGUAUCCCCUGUCAUUUGUAGAUAUUGGGAAGGGACUGAUGUAUGUAUCAUGUUGGAAGAUAUUGACUUUGUUUGUGAUGUUGUACGGAUUCUGAUGCAAGCCUGCACUGACAAUGGUAAUUCUUUUGUUGCAUCUGAAAGCCAUGUUCCCAUUUUCUUUUCUUUUUUUCAAGUUUAUCUCAGUUGGUCCAAACUGUGAUUCAUGAUGGCCAGAAUCAGUAAAAUUGUUAUGAUUUUCUAAAUUAAAAGACAGUCUGUUGCAUUGCUAAUUUGUAUUUUCAAAAAUAAACAAAAAAACUUUGAAAAUACCAUGACAUAUAUGUUCCAUGUCUGCUGUUAAGGGCCAGGGGCCAUGGUUUUUCUCUUGGUGAGCAUGAGCAUAGUCCUCGCGGCUGGUUCCUUCACAGGAAACAAAAGGAAAAUAUGACCAAGAGAACCUACCAGUUGUUCAGUUCCCUACCUACUAAUACAUACAGGUGGCAACUUAAAAUGUUAGUGACACUAGCCAUGCUAGGCCCCAUAACAAGUCUUUUGAUCACUCAUACAUAUUUGUCCAGUUAAUCAUUUUCUACUGAAAUUAGUCAGUCACAAAAUAUCAUGAAAUUGUGAGUGUUAAAAGAACUGUUAUUUUUUGUUUCAUUGUAGAUUAUAAUGUUGAAGAAUUUCUGAAAAAAGACCACUCUUCCUGUUUCAAUCGCCUUCUGAGAGAUCCCACCUCUACAGUGAUAAGAACAGCUGUAACAUCAUUCCUUCAUCAGCUCUCACAAACAGAAAAGGGAAGACUAGGUCUAACAAAAUGUAGAGAUAUUAAAUGGUGAGGGUUAUUGCUGCUAUUAUAAUUCCUGCAUUUGUUAAUCAGCAUGAAUAUUGUCUGAGUUGAUCUUAUUGUUGAGUGUUUAGGGUCUUACAGACUUUUUUCUUCUGACAUGUCAAAACUAAUAUUGUGGUAUUAAAGUUUAAGCUUACUUCUAGGCCGUAACAGUUAGUAGCUUUUAAUUUGAUUUUAUAGGGUAACAGAAGCCCUGUUUUUACUUGUACAAAGAGGAACCAAUACUGCAGUUGUAGCAAUGUCGACCAUUAAUAAUUUAGCUCUAGAACAAGGGUAAGUAUUGUCGUUUUCAUUGCAUACACCAAAUAUCCUUUUUAAAGCACUGUUAUGUAAUAUCACUGGUUAAGGGUUUUUUUCUGUUAUGAACCAAAUUACAUGCAGAUUGUGCCAACUUAACAUCUUUUUUUCAGAUUUUGUGAAAGAAUCAGGGACUUAGUUGACAAAGACUUCCUGAGCAUUUCUCAUAAGUUUGUGGUAAGGAAGACUUGCAUAGUGCACUUAUAUAUUCUGUUAGACAUGUUAAGAUCUACAGGUAAUGCUACUUUAUUUUAAAACAACUGGGGCUGGUGAAAGUGCACACUGGUCAUGGUCCCAGCCACUUACAAACACUGGAUGUUUUGCAUUCAUAAGGUGAUAUUACAAGAGACGAUUCACAACAAUGAUUUUUGGCGCAACACUGUGAGCAUUACAACAUUGUUGCAACGCUGUUUCGAAUAGUUGCAACGUGGUUCCAACAUUGCAAUGCAGAGUUGAGCUAACAAUCGUCGUUGCAAAUCAUCCCGUGUAACAUCACCUUUAGCAGACACCUCUCCUAAGCAGACAUUUAGUCGUGGUAUCAGUAACAACUUUAAAAAUUUCUUUCUCCUUUUUCUGUAGUUAAAGCUUUGUGAAGGAAGCUCAAAAGCUUCCCAUGAACCAACAGACAACUGGUCCUUAGUUUCGUCUGGUCUGUCGGCAUUAGCCAAUAUGGCAAGAGACACCUACAUUAGAAACAAGAUUGCUGAAGAACAACAGUGGUGGCAAACUAGUGUCAAAUUCCUGGUUGGUAGAUUUUUUCGUUGUUACUCUCAUUCUUCUAUGGUGGAAUCUUGAUGUGCAUUAUUUGAACAAAUUUCCAUUUCCCAUUUGAUUACUUACCCUUCUCCCUCAUCCCCUCCCCCCUCCCCCUUCCAGCCAGUUUUUUGGGCCUUGGAUGGUCCCUUGAGGCAGUAUUUUUGUCCGUGAUCAGUAUUUUAAGAAAUCUUGUUUACUUGUAUGUGUGAUGUAAAAAUGAAAAAUAUGAAUUUAACAUCUUUUAACCACAAAACUCAUCAAUCAAGAAGCUUUUGUCUUUUCAAGUUUGAACUGGGAUUUGAAAAUGUUAGUUUUUAAAAGAGGAAAUAACUGAAGUACUAGGAGCAGACCUUUUCCAUACAAGGAAGAAAGCCAGCAACAAUCACAACCCUGCACAUAUGAACACAAAUGCUUGAAGAAUUUGCUUAUGCAGCUCCAGACGUUACAUUUCAAGUCUGCUUUCUUUUCUUUUCUUUUUUUUUUUAAGGAUUCCCAUAUUCGUGGAAUAAAGGAUCAAAAAGUGAGGUGCUCGGUAUUUUCCCUACUAGCUCUGCUGGCAAACAUUUCUACACAACCGAACCAAUAUCAAAAGGUUAGUAUUAAGUUACCCAAGAAUUUCUCAUAGUGCUUGAGUGGUUGUUCAGGAAAUCAUGUUUUAUGCAUUAUAUUUCAUGCAUUUGAAAAUUAAUAAACGGACUGACAUGCACUUGCAUGACAAAGUAAAAUUAUUUUUGUCUAGCUUUAAAACAGACUUUUUGUUUUAUUUUUGAUUGAUUUUAGGAUGUAGCAACUAAGUUGAUUCCAUCGCUUAUUGAGAUGCUCAACACUGGAUAUGAUGAAAUUUGUGAUGUAUGUAAAAUAUGUUUUAUUAUACCAAGCCAUGCUGACCAAUAGUGGGCUUAGGCAACAGAACGGCAGAAAGGAGAGGGGUGACAAAUGUGAUAUUGCAUGUUUCGUCACGAUUUUCAGUUAACAUUACUGUGCUCUGGUCUUUAACAAAAAGAUCUGUUUAAAGGAAGGUGAAGUUUGGCAGAAUUUUUCUUCAAACAUAAUAUUAUUGUCAUGUAUGUCGUCUUCCGUCUCCAGUCCUGUUGCACAAGUUCAGUAAUUGUUUUGCUGGCCUGCAUAUUAUGCAGUAAAGUUGGUUCUAGUUGUCUAGUCUCUGGAUAAAAUCCUGGCAUGUUAUUAUUCAAAUGAAAGGUAACUAGCAAAUCUUCUUUGCAGUGUUUGUAAUGAAGAAAAAUUAGUAAAAUUUUCAAGGUUUUGCCAGCGUGAUAGGCAUUUUAAAGUUGAUGUCUUUCCGUUAACUUCUGCAAGUUCUUUAUAGAAGAUUAUGUCUCUUUUUGAAGGAUGGUUUAAUAUGUACAAACAAUUUUGGUAACUUAUCUCUUUUUAUAAAUGUUUCAGCGCAGCCUUGCAACUCUGAGACAUUUGCUGGCUCAUUCAACGGAAGCUUUAAAUUCAGCUUGUGAUCAGAAAAUUCAUAUCCAUGUCAUAAGAAUCCUCAAGGUAAGUUUUCAAUACAUUUCAGGGAAAUGCAGAAGCUGAAUUGUAGAUGUAGAAAUAAGCUUGUUGUGGCACAAGAUGUCGUUGUCCUGAUUUGAUUUGUACCCUUGCGAUAAACUUGUGAUGUUGCUCUAGGGGCUGCCGAAUGAGACAAAGGGUUGUCAAGGGGUAAAUGGAUGGCUGCUGAACUGUCGUUGCUGCUGAACUUCUUAGCUACAUACCUCCAAAGUGACCAUGUGCGUAUUUAUAUCAUUCCACAGCUAGUUAUUCUAAGCAGUCACUUCCAAGUAGGAUGGGGAGCAAGCACUCGAGAAACUGUGAAAAAAUAUUCCAUUAAGAUUCUUGCACUUUGUACUAUGGAGAGAAAAGAUGCAAGAGAUGGAAUCAUGAGUGAGAAAUGUGAGUACACCUGGUAAUCCUUGUAUUCUGCAAGGGAUAUUGUCAUCGUAUAAGCAUCACUCAUGUGUCUCCUUUGGCUCUUUUCACAGCUCUGGAUUUUUUAGUUCAGUUACUCCACCAUGAGGACGAAGUCAUCGUCGGAAAUACAGCUUUGUGCCUUAGUCACUGUGUAGACAUGAGUAAGUGAAAUAAAUGAAUAAGUCACCAUGACGGAAGCAGUUCAUUUUUGUUUCCGAGACUCACAGUUGAGUUGGGGCACAGCAGGGCACUCUUACCUUCUGACGUCAUAGUUUUGGCAGUGCUGCCCGCUAAGAGACUUUUGGCGGGAAACAGUUAUAUUGCUGCCUCGUACCCAGGCGCGUUGUAGGGGAUUCGUAAUCGAGAGUGACUGGAGCGAUUUUGGCCAGGGUCUUUUGCACCAUCGCUCAAAAUUCACAAGGUCUAUUGCGCGUUACUCCUUGAUCGCUCGCAGUCGCGUUUUCUUACCAAACACUUGAGAAACCUAGGAACAAGACAGGUUUCAUUGUUAAAAGUCAUGUGACCAAUGUGACCACAUAAUUGCCAAUGAGAGCAUGCACUGUUUGUAGUAACUCCACUCAAUUGACCAAUUAGGUCGUUGCCGUCAUCGACUUUGACUCUGGUAAUAACUUCUGCACAGAUUGUCAAUUAAAACGUUAGUCACUAUCACCAGCAGUCCUAUUGAGGGCUGUGCUCAGUUGUACUCAACCAUACUAUCACAUUUAACUGAACAUAGUUAUGAUUACUUUUUACAACAGAGGAAGUGAGUGAUCAUCUGGCUGGAGUCAACGGCGUGGUGGAAAUUCUACUGAAACACGCUACAAACGAGAAAUUAAGUAAAGAGGUCAAGCAGAAUGCUGCCAUUUGUUUAGCAAAACUUGCUACAGCGGAUGAAAGGUAA